AGAUUAAAUGUAGCAAUGCAUCAUUUAAAAUAGAAAAAAGAUAAGUAAAAUUGUUGCAAAUUGACAACUUGAUCGAUUUCGUUACCGAUAUACGUUACAUGGUCCAUGCUCCAAAAAUGCCACACAUGACAUACCAAUACGCCGAGACAAAAGUCGUAACGUAACAUUUAUGACACUACAAGCUUCUUAAUACAAGUUCGAGAGCGCGGGCGGUGAGCGCGCGACCUUGCGACCACCACCGUGCCAGGGCGGGGGCGCCUAUGAUUGCGGCUGGCCACGAAGCCUCCGACACUCGUACUGCGCCAACGAAACGACCAACGCGCUUCCAAAGCCCAAAUUCGAAUUUCGAAAAUCGAACGCGUUCGGAAAUGACAGCUUGAUUUUUUUAUUUAAAAAAAAAAUGUGGGGUUGGUUACUAUGUCUGGGUGUCGCUGCGGUGUUGUCGGGUGCUAACGGUGCCGGCGCAGGCGCGGCGCGCUUAGUCUGUUAUGUGGAGAACGCACGCUCGACAGAAGGGUUUACGGAGUGUACACAUCUCGUUUACGCGGGAGACGCGAGAGGAGACAAGCUCGAUGCUCUGCUAAAGGAGUACAGAAAAAAUAAUCCGAGGCUCAAGAUCGUCUUGAGGAUCACUGAAGUGGAUAAGGAUCUCCGUAAGCUCCUCAAGUCCAAACAUGUUCAAGGUCUUGAGAUAUACGAUGCGCACCGUUUCCUCAACAAGACCAAAGUCCUGGAGGCGGUGGAAGCGGCCAGGUCUACCAUCAGUUCGUCUGGUGGGGGCCCACUGUUUUUGGCAUUACCAGCUCAUCCUGAACUCUUGGCGAAGUAUUACGAUCUUAGAGUUUUGGUGAAGAAAGUGGACUUGGUGAUGGUUCAAACUCAUGCUUUGGGGUUGGUGAAGAAGAUGACAUAUCAUCCGAGUAGGCUGAGUGGAAUGUGGGAUAUGAUGAACACGGAUUCUGUAGUGGACUUAGUGGUGGGUCUGGGAGUACCAGCGUCUAAGGUUGUCAUCAGCUUACCAGCAACGGGACGCAAGUUUACUUUGCUCAAUGAGACUCUUAGUACUCCAGGCAGCCCGACUGUGGAGGAAGAACCCAGGGAAAUAGAUCAAGCUGAAGUGUGUAGGCUACUACAGAAGGGAAGGUGGACCUUGGAGAGAGAUCAGGAUCUGUCAGCGCCGUACGCUUUCAAGAACACAACAUGGAUAUCGUUCGAAGAUUCAUCUUCUGUAGACGUGAAAGGGAAGUACGCGCGAGUGCGCGGCCUGGCCGGGCUUGCGCUGCACGACGCUGACCGCGACGCGGAGACUCCAUGCGGGGCAAGCUUGAAGGCUUCCCUGGCUAAAGUCCUCAAUCAACAGAGCAGAGCACCCAGAGCUGCUGUACUCAGGUCGUUGGAACAUGAGAUCCUGUCGGCGCCGGGCCGCGCGCUGGACGCAUUGCAGGUCUCUCCCUACAGGAUCACGCAGGUCGUCGACUCCGACGGUGUCAUACACUCUAUAAGAGAGGAUACCAGAACUGAGUUCUCCUGCUCUCGACAAGGAUACUUCGUGCACCCGCGCUCGUGUGCAAGGUUCUACCGGUGUGUCAAGUUCGAUCAGCUCUCGCCUGAAUAUACGGUGUUCGAGUUCGACUGCCCAGCAGGGCUGGCAUUCGACGCCCGGUACGAGGUAUGCGUGUGGCCUGGCAGCCUGCCCCACGCCGCCGCCUGCCCCGGCUCCGCCGAGAUCGCGCCUGUACCACGCACCAGGUUCAUCUGCCCUGAUAAGGAAGGUUAUUACGCUGACCCUGAGAACUGCCGCUGGUUCUUCGCCUGCCUCGACCACGGGAAGGCGCCGCUGACAGCUUACGAGUUCCGUUGUCCGUUCGGUCUUGGCUUCGACGCCGAGAAACUCAAGUGCGACUGGCCGUGGCUGGUGCCUGCUUGCGGAAACAUCGGCAGAUAUGAAGCUGAGGCAUACGGCUUCUCGUCUGCCACGCUUACAGGUGCCACAGGGUACCAUGGUAAGACAGCCGACGCAGUCAACAUCGCUGCUCACCAGAGCCUCGUCUCCGGAGCUUCGCUAGAUAACUUGGUCGGAAUCCAAAGCGGAUUCCUAACCAAAGAUGACGCAUUGGACUCGAACUUCAUUGCUUCCCAAGAAUUAACGAAUGGCGCGUUUAGAUCGGGUCAAUCUUACGAGAUUGGAAAUGAUGCAAGCGUCCCUCAAGGGCAAGGCUUAACAUAUCAGGUUGGUGAUGCUAACUUAGGGCUGGUUCAACCAACCAAAUAUAACAAUGCACCUAAAUAUACCAGCGGUUCUAUAAUAUUAGAUGAUUAUAGGCUACCUACCACGAAAACGACUUAUGGAAAAUCCCACAAUAUUGUCCAAGCUAGUGUACAAAAUGGUGGAUACACUAAAAGUUUAAAUAGUUAUUCUAGUUCCAUAGCAAGCAGCUCAGGAAAUUACCAGAGCAAUUAUAAUAAUUACGAUGACAAUUCCGGCGCUUAUGUUCACGAUCCUUCUGGUGAUUACGCUGAACCUUACAGACAUGUUGAUUCUGCUGUUGUACCAUAUACUCAUGAUGAUGCUGGUUACAAACAUACUGGAGAAUAUUACGAUAAUGCCAAAUAUACGUCUCAAAGUGACAAUGAUGGUAAAUACGUAAAUAAUAAUGAUGGACAAUAUGUGCAUGAUAAUUCCGGAUCUUAUGUACAUACAGAGUCUGGAGGAAAUAGUUACUCCGGUUCUUACAACGCUGAUUAUUCUGACACUUACAACGGCAAUUCUGGAAACUAUGAGGGAGGAGUAUAUAGAGCUGACGGACACAUUGGGGGUUACAGUAGUGAUGCUUCAUUAAGCGUAGAGGGUAAAAGCACAAAUGGCGUUAACACAAAUCAAUAUCAUGGAACUUACAGUAACUCAAAUACAGGAAAUUACUUAAGUAACUCAAAAGCUUAUACCGGCGUUUCCCAUACUUUAACCGCCGGUGCGGUGAAUGUUGGUUUGGUUGGAAAAACUACAUUGGUUGAUAAUGGUUACACAGAUCAAUUCAAUUAUCAAAGUGGAGCCAAUGCUGCUUCUAAAACUGUUACAUCGGGACACGAGGUGGUACAUGAAACAUAUCCUGGACAUGUAUCCUAUAUCUCUCAGCCAGCAGUUUCCAUUAACCAUGAUGGAACUGACAGUCAUAAUCUAGAUGGAUAUAGUUACGUGACAACACCUACAUCUUCUGGUAUUCCUACAACUGCUACUCCAUUAGCUGUUACAACCUCUAUACCAGUAACGACCUAUAGGACAACAUACGUCCCAGAAGCGCCCAAGGCUACUGUAAAACAAUUGUUCGGGAUUUCUCAACCAGCUGUCACCUACGUACAACCAACUGUGGUUGCUGAAAAACAGUAUGUUACUCCUAAAGUAGAAAUUACGGAUUACAACCAAGGCUUGAAUUACCAAUACGAACAAAAUGGCUACAGUUCUAGUCAGUACGAUGGUGCUAGUUCUGUAAGUCAGUUGUCAACCGGCAAGUCUGUAACAUCUGGAUACGAUUAUUCUAAACCGAGUAUUAAAUUUGAAGAUGGUAUAUCUUAUACAACUGCAGCGCCCGUCGUAUCUGUGUCGACAUAUAAACCACAAGGUUUUAGUCAUGGUCAACAAACUCUUCAUAAAGUAGAAUCUGUUGGAUUUGAAUAUUCAUCUCCGACGCCCGUUACUGAAGAACCAUUUAAGAAACUGGUAGCUUAUACAACUGGUCCAUCAACCACUUAUUCGCAAUCAUCCGAUAGUAACAUACCACAGUCUUACAGCCAUCAAACUAUCCAUAAAGUUGAAUCAAACGCAUAUACACCGGCAGCUGAAUUAGGAUAUGACUUUUCGAAAUCUGAAAUCACAUACGAAACAUCAAAACCCAGCCAAUUCACAACUGUGCAACCAGUUGUAUCUACUUAUCAACAACCACAAGUGUACAGUCAUCAAACUUUACAUAAAGUGGACACUAGUCAAGUGAAGACGUAUUCUCAUAAAGAAUCGGAAUUAGGGUAUGAAUACCAAGAGCCAGCUGUUAAAUUUGAUGAUGCUGUGAAAACAUACGAGUAUUCUACACCAACUCCAGUAGUAUCAACAAUAAAAUCUCCACAAGUACAGUAUGUACCAGUUCCAUCAACUACACCACAACCAGCUGUGAUAUCUACUUACCAACCCCAGGUAAUCAGUCAUCAAACGAUACACAAAGUAGAUGCCAGUCAAGUGAACGCUUAUUCUAAAGAUAAUUUAGAGCAUGGUUACGAAUAUCAGAAACCAGCAAUUAAGUUCGAAGAUGGAAUAAACACGUUUAAAUACUCUACUCCUACACCAAUAAUAUCGACAUACAAACCGCAAUCAUAUAACCAUCAGACCAUUCAUAACAUUGAAACCCAAAAGUAUGUACCUAAGGUUGAAUUUACGUAUCAACAGCAACCUGUUUCAGUUUAUGAGAAUCCAAUUUUAAAAUACACAGAAAAAGUAAUUCCAGAAGUUAGUGUAAACCCUACAUAUAAAACUCAGGCUUAUAGUCAUCAGACGAUUCAUAAAUUAGAGGAUAGCAAAUAUUACACUCCUUCGGUUGAAGUUGAUUAUAAAUCAAGUGUAAAUUACGGAGAACCAAAAACGGUAACAUAUACCACUGCUCAGCCAGCACUUGCUAAUCAACAAGUUGUAUCUACUUACCAGCCUCAAGUUUACAGUCAUCAAACUUUGCAUAAUGUUGAAGCAAGCAAAAUAAAUACUUACGAUGUAUCUUCUAGUUACAAAUACGAAGCACCUUCAAUUAAAUUUGAAGAUGGACCGAACAUUAUACACGAGCAUUCUACACCAGCGCCUGCAGUAAUUUCCACCUACAAGCCACAGUCUUAUAGUCAACAAACUAUUCAUAAAGUUGAAAGCCAGAAAUAUAUUCCAGUUUCAUCUACACCUAAAAUAGAACUAACUUAUCAACAACCUUCCGUCUCGGUUUAUGAAAACCCAAUCUUAAAAUAUACAGAGAAAGUCACUCCUGUUACAUAUGUAAAACCAACUGCUUCUAUUUAUACCCAAACAUACCAGCCAAUUAUCUAUCAACAUGAGGUGAGUCAUGUCAGCCAGCCUGUGAAAUAUGAUGUUUCACAAAACAUCCAAUUGAAUCAAGAAGGAUAUUCAUACAGUCAACCAGAAAUACAACGUAACACUGAAACUUUGAAUACACAAAAAUCAUAUUCAGACUCUAAUCUGGUAUCUCACCAAGUCUUCCAUCAAUCUAAUAAUCAAUACCAGUCAGGAAAAAAUAUAGUAUUUGUGUCAUCGACUCCAUCAACAUUAGCAUACGAGGAGCAUUAUUCUGAAUAUGAAUCUCCAAAGGUCGCACAAGUAUACAAAACGCCAGAGUAUAUACCGCCAAAAGCAGAGUAUCAACAAUCCUAUAGUAUAUCAUCAACUGCUUCAAUACCCAUAGAACAACAACCAGCGAUACAAAAAUUACCAGUUCAACAGAUAUCUUACAGUACAUCUCAUAUUUCGCAACCGAGAAAAGAAUCUAUUCACCUUUCAACGUUCCCUGGUACUACAAUUACCACUAAAUACAAACAAGUUCCUAACGAAUCUCCUGAAAUUCAAGUGGGUUACAAAGCUGAAGAAUAUUUGCCUCCAGUUGUUUCAACGCCUAUAGUAACAUCGACAUAUAAACCUAGUACUUUUAGCACAGCUUCUACAACACGCGAAUAUUUGCCGCCAUCUGAUGAAAACGUUGAAAACAAUAAUCGUGAAUACUUACCUCCGAAAGUGGAAAAUACCUAUUUGCCCUCAAGAAUAGCCAGACCUACUGUUAAAUCUACUACACAACGACCAACUUACAAAUAUACCCAAUCAACUACAGAAUAUUCGGCUCCUGAAUACUUACCGCCAUCGGAGGAGAGUGGAUCUAACGUAGUUAAUUUUGAAAGCUUUGGUUUUAAUGAACAAAAUACAGGAGAAAUUAUCAGUAACAAUCCUUACAAGGAAUACACUGUAUCCACUGCCAUACCUCCAAGGAAACAGAAUUUAGUAGUAGAAACAGCAAAAUCUAACUUGCUCGGUUUUGGCACAGUCGGUCCUGAUGCUGGUUUAGUAUCUUCAGUGACUUAUACAACAGCUGCACCUGUUGUUGUAUCUUCUACAAAUACUCCUUACACGUACUCUGAGUCAACAACUCAAUAUAAAGCACCGGAAUAUUUACCACCUGUUGAGGUAACGUCAGAUAAAGUUCGGUAUCAAAAAGUUCCAGUACAAAGACAACAGAAUAUAGUAGUAGAAACUGCAAAGUCAAAAUUCGGUUUCGGUACUGUAGAACCUGAUGCUGGUAUUGUAUCUCCUGUGACAUACACUACAGCACAACCAAUUAUAUCCAGUACUGAAUCUUAUUUAUUACAACCAAAAAUAGUUACGUCCACACGUGCACCAUUCAAUCAAGAAUUAGUUGAAGUAACAUCAACGGCUCCAAUUCGAAAGACAAAACCAAAGGUAGCUGUCGUCACUAAAAUAAACGAUUUUAAUCCAUUGCUUGUACGUAAAUUAGGAGCUGUAUGUAGUUGCCAAUCGCCUGUGCUGAUUUUGAAAGGAAAGAGGCCAAAUGUACAAACACAACCAGAAACAAUCGAUUAUAAUAAUGAUUAUGACGAUUCUGAUCGCGGAGAUAUCAAUGAUAAUCAAUAUGGUCAACGAUCAGGCAAUUUACAAGUAUCAGUUAAUUCUGCUACUAUUUCUCCAAUUAUUUCUUCAACCAUCAACCCUAUUAUUGUACCUGAUGAUUCCUAUUAUCAGGAAUACCAGGAACCCAGCAAUUACGCUGCCGUAGUGACUCCUAAAACAAAUGAAGUAUACUCCGAAAACUUUGUUUCUAAUACUCCUGUUGUUAUUUCAUCAACAGAAAAGACAGUGAGACUAAAUCCCAGAGUAAAGGCUGUGACCAUUGCUCCAACUUACAAAACUGUCUUAUUAAACCAAGAAGCAUCAUCUGAUGCGCAGGUAAAACAAGCAGAAUCCGCAGACAGUAUUAUUAAUUCACAAUCUUUUGAUCGCUAUGGGCCAGGCGGAUGGAGAAGCAGAGAUGAGACAUUACAAGGAACAGUAGACUGCCAAAGAGCAGGUUUGUUCAGGCAUCCGAAACAAUGUAACAAAUUCUAUGCGUGCAGAUGGGAUUGUAAUAAGCAGCGAUUCACACUUCAUGUAUUUAACUGUCCUGUUCAGUUGACGUUUGAUCCUAAUAUGGGCGCAUGCAAUUGGCCGAGCCAGGGACCGGCUUGCCAAGGAGAUACGCUGCUUACCAAUACUCUUUAAUGGGAUAUAAAACAUUAUUUAGCGCUGGUGCCAUCUAAAUUGUGAUAUAAAAUGUCACAGUAUUUUUUCUUGACCUAUAUUAAGAUAAUAAUGAAUUUAAUUAUAAAUUGUCUCUCUUUGAAUUAUUAUAAGCUUAUUUAUUUGAUUAUUUGUUGAUGUAAUUUUAGUUUAAUUUAUUAUUACAUGUUCUUAUUUAGCUUGAUGCUUGCUAAGAAUUGAAUUUCGGUUUUAUUGAUUGAACAUCAGUUACCAUUGUCUAGAUCAUGUAAAAUGUGACAUAUUGUAUUAUAGUGAUACUUUGUAUAGUAUUGAUUGUAUUAAAUUAAGAAAUAAUACGCUGAACUUGUAAAUA